AAACAAUAGUUGAUUUUUGAUUGAUUACACACACACACGAAAGCUAAUCUGGCUACUCUUGAUAGUAGUGGUGCGAAUAUAAAAGAUUGAACUAAUUAAGUUUUCGAAAGGCUUGCACAAUGACCUUAUUAAGAGCGUUAGUUUUCCUGGCCAUCGUGGCUCUGGCGCAAGGUCGCUCGUUCCCUAAAGCAGAAUGUUCGUGGUCAACGAAUACUGACUUGCCUAGUGUUCAGCCUUUAUACAUCAAGCCUGGAGCCGGCUUCGACAUAAACGCAUUCUGGCUGCCGAAAAACGUAGACGUCAUCACAGUUCCUGAGGGCGGAGAGGUGCUCUUCGCCUGCCCAGGAAGCACUCUCGCCGGGGUCGGUGGCUCGGAGGCCAUUCUCACCUGUACUGGAGGCCAGACUUUCCAGGAUAUCAAUGGCAACACAUACACCAUCGGCUCUCUGUCCUGCUCGUCGUGGCCACAACACGAGGCCAUUAGACGCGACGGGCAGCAGUGCCAGAUCAGCCUCCCUCAUAGCUUGGUGGAGAUCGGCUUCACCUUGUCCUCGGGCUUCUAUAAGCUGAUCACUGUUUGCUUUGACGAAGUCGGCUACAACACCUACCAGUCCUUCUUCACGCAAACUGCAGACAUCGAUGGCUACCAGUCAGGCCUGAACAGGCCCAGCUUCACCGAGGGUACCGGAUUCUACCCCACCUGGAUGGACGUUGACUACCAGUACUCCAGGGUGGGGCAGAAGGAAGCCAUCGCGCAGGCUGUCGGCUCGACCCAACUUGCUGACCAGUACGUGCCGGACACAGGUAACUACUUCCUGUCUCGAGGACACUUGGCCGCCAAUGCCGACUUCGUUUUCGGAGCCCACCAACGCUCGACCUUCUACUUCCUGAACGUGGCACCGCAGUGGCAGACGUUCAACGGCGCCAACUGGGCCCAAAUUGAAGCAAGCGCCAGGGAAUUUGCGGCUCUGGAUGGCAACGACCUCGUCGUGUAUACUGGCACCCAUGGCACCACCACGCUGAACGAUGUCAACGGCAACCCUGCUGAAAUUUUCAUCGCCUAUGACACCGACGGCAGUGGUCUCCUCAGAGUUCCUGAAUUUUUCUGGAAAAUUGUCUACGAACCAGCAACUCAGAGGGGCGUGGCGUUCGUUGGCCUCAACAACCCGUACAUCGACACCCCCGGUAGCGACUUCUACCUGUGUCCUGACGUGUGCGACCAGAUCAGCUGGGAAAACUGGAGCCCAUCGAACCAAGAGAGUGGAUUUGGCUACUGCUGCGACGUGAACGCGAUCAAAGGCCUCGUACCUGAAAUGCCUGACAUCACCGUGUCCGGUCUUCUCACGUAGAUUAAAACAUUACUGCGAUUCGCUCUUGCUUACUGGACCAUGCGCCAGCUCCAUUGUAGACGAAAAAAGCAUUAAAUUCGAUUCUGCUAACAA